CAGCUCUAGUGAAAGGAGCAGGGCUAGAUAAAAAUAGACUAUGGAUUGUUGGAAGGAAGCCAUGGGCCGCAGCUGGAUUUAUCCCACUCUGAUCAUUUGCAUAAAUGGAUUUUUCUCCACUAUGAGACCAUCAGAAGCUUUCCUCACUCCUUAUCUGACUGGACCAGACAAAAACUUAACGAUUGAAGAGGUUACAAACCAGAUUUUCCCAGUGUGGACAUACUCCUACCUCGCGCUCCUCAUCCCCGUCUUCCUCAUCACCGACUACGUGCGCUACAAGCCCGUCCUCCUCCUCCAGGGCAUCAGCUUCAUCGUCACCUGGCUCCUGCUCCUCUUUGCACGUGGAGUGCUGGCCAUGCAGGCCGUGGAAUUCUUCUACGGGAUGACAACAGCCACUGAGGUCGCCUAUUACGCCUACAUCUACAGCGUCGUCAGCACCGAGCGCUACCAGCGGGUGACGAGCUACUGCAGGAGCGUCACUCUGCUGGCAGCCACCCUCGCCGCCCUGCUGGGACAGCUCCUGGUUUCCCUGGCAGGUGUAUCCUACUUCCACCUCAACGCCAUCACUUUGGCUUCCGUCUCCCUGGCCUUCCUCUGCUCUUUUUUCCUCCCCACGCCCCACAGGACUAUGUUCUUCCACAGGAAGGACGGCCCAGAGGCUCUCCCGGCGCCACAGAAAGGCCUCGAUUCCCUCAGGCCGGAGGACCGGGACUCGGGAUCUGACGGGCAGGGACCCGCACCCCAGCAGCAGGCAGAGGGUGCCCAGGCCCAGAGCAGUGUGCUCAGAGUGCUGGUGCAGCUGAGCAAGGACCUCAGGGAUUGCUACAGCUCCAGGAAACUUCUCUACUGGUCCCUGUGGUGGGCUCUGGCUACGGCGGGCUUUAACCAGGUUGUGAAUUACAUCCAAGUGCUCUGGGACUUCAGAGCCCCCUCUCACAGCUCAGCAGUGUACAAUGGAGCUGUUGAAGCAAUAGCAACUUUUGUAGGCUCAGCAACAUCCAUGGCAGUUGGAUAUGUCAAAGUAAACUGGGAUCUUUCUGGAGAAUUGGCUUUGGGGAUUUUCUCUGCAAUGGAUGCUGGUUCCCUGUUCCUCAUGCACUUUACAGACAACAUCUGGGCAUGCUAUGCCAGUUACCUUGCCUUUAAGGCAUGCUACAUGCUCCUUAUAACCAUAGCAACCUUUCAGAUUGCUGUCAACCUAAGCAUGGAACGUUAUGCUUUGAUGUUCGGCUUCAACAACUUUGUUGCACUGGCAAUUCAGACAAUUUUAACUCUUGUUGUAGUAGAUUCAAAAGGUCUGGGACUGGAUAUCAGCACCCAGUUUCUCAUUUAUGGCAGCUACUUCACACUGAUAGCUGGAAUUUUUCUGAUCAGAAGCAUAUACACCAUCAUCUCCAUCAGAUGUAGAAAUACCAGUGUGGUUGGUGAAGGCAUCAACCAAUAAGUAAGGAGAGAAAAGUAAUACCUGCAACCAAGAGCACAGAGGCUGCUGCAUCAUCAGAAGAGUGCCCAUCAAGGAAGACUGCUAUCAGCACCAAGAGCUUUGUCUACAGGAUGGUGUGUUUUGCCACUUUUCUUCACCAGCAGCUCUAAUGCCAAACAAUCCUCAGACCAUCUUCUACUUCAAGUCAAAUUUAAUUCUCUCACACCAAAAUGUGUAUUAGCACCCACUGAGCACAACACCCAAGCACACACCGAUGCCUGAACCUAACAGCAGAAAAGCUCUUAGAACACACACCUUUCAACUCCCACUCCUACUGAGUAUUUCAACUCAGGCAGAAGAUAUUCAAAAAUUUCUAGGGAUCUAAAGAAGCAGUUGCCCCCAUAGCAGGAAGAUCACUUGUUGGAAAGAUUGCCACAGAAAACUUGUGAAAACGUAAAGACUUGGUCUACUAGAAGCUGUGACAUGCAUUUUUAAAGCAACUUAAAUAAUAAAAUCAGUUUUUUUCCAAAAGACACUACCUCUAUGUUCAAAAGCAGACUUCAAUGCUACAUAGCACAGCAAUACUACUUCAGUUUUAAAAAAUGGCCAAAGCAGUCAUUUUGGACUCCUUUCAGACAAUGCACUCCUCAGAAAUCUUUAGUUGCAGGACUGUUAGGGAAAUACAUCAUUACAUAUGGAUAAACUUACUGAUACAGUGACAGCUUUACUGUGAAUUUGUUGGAGAUGUACAACACAUAUUAACCUCUUUUAAGUGUCUGAAUGGGUAAACAUAUGCACACUAAUUAUGUCUGGAACUGUCAUCACCCCCAAAAACUUCCUUUUGGAAGCAGAAAACCCUUCUAAACUAGCUUAUUUUUAAGCCAUGGGGAGACACUUAUUUCACAUACUCUUCUGAUCACAACUAAGUCUUGUUCAGAGACUGUCAUUAGCUUACCUAUAAUAACUUGUCUUCUGCAGCUAACCAUUUCUUGAGUAACUACCCUCCCCAGAGCUUCCAGUGUCCAUCAUACAGCUAUUCUGUCAAAAUAAUCCAACUUCACUGAACAUUUUCCUGAUUGAUGGGUCACUUCACUUGAGCUAGAACAGCAACACAAAGAAACGUACAUAUCCAAGUGAGGCAUGGGAAAAUUUUAGGUUUAACUCAAUUUUAAAUAUAUUGCUCUU